AUGGAGCGGAAAGUACUGGACCGAAACGCUGUAGCGGCACACGCAGCACAAAAAACUGCAUUGUCAAAAAACCAUGCGCCACCACCACCUUCCCUGGUUGUCGAACCGCGAGAGCACGGUGAACGAUAUUCAACUGGUGCCUUUUUAGGGAAAGGGGGCUUUGCUAUUUGUUAUGAAGGGACCCUGCACCGGAAUGGCAGAGUAUUUGCAAUGAAGGUGGUCAGAUCCGAAAUGACACAGAAAAAGAUGCAGGAAAAGUUUCGCACCGAACUUCAGAUUCACUCCAAGAUGCGGCAUCCUCACAUUGUCUGUUUUCAUCGCGCAUUCGCUUUCGAGAAGAGCACAUACGUGAUACUAGAAUUGUGCCCCAAUGGAUCGGUAAUGGAUAUGGUUAGAAGGCGAAAAACUUUGAGCUUGCCGGAGGUCAGGCGCUUUAUGAUCCAGCUUUGCGGUGCAGUAAAAUAUCUACAUAGGCGAAAUGUUGCCCAUAGAGAUCUGAAAAUGGGAAACCUCUUCCUCGACCACAACAUGGAUAUCAAAGUGGGGGAUUUCGGACUAGCAGCAAUGAUAAUAUCAGAACGUGAUGAGAAACGGAGAAGGACCCUCUGUGGAACACCCAACUAUAUUGCACCAGAAGUUUUGGAUAAGAGCAAAGGAGGACACACGCAGAAAGUCGACAUCUGGUCGCUAGGGGUUAUCUGCUUUGCGAUGCUUAGCGGCUAUCCACCAUUUCAGUCAAAGACCCAGGAAGAAAUAUACAAAAAAGUGAGGAACCUCACAUAUGUCUGGCCGAAAGGCCCGGAGUGUGCCAACCAUAUCCCGGAUGAAGCGAAGUCCUUGGUCAGCUCGUGUUUGAACCUUGCAGAGAACGAAAGACCUGAUCCCGAUGAUAUUGUCGAACACCCCUUCUUUAACGAACCGCGCGGUGAUCGCAUGGUUGUUGGCCACGGCUUGGACUACGACGAGAAACUUUCUAGCUACAUAGAUAACAUCGAUGAUCACAGCCAGCGGUACCAUAUAUGCAAAGCGGCGUUUUACAGCCUCUGUGGAGUCGGGAGAAAACCAGACGGCACAGCUCGAAAACCUGCCGGCAAGCAUUGCUCUAAAUCGGCAUAUGCGGAAUGCCUGGUAGAAGAAGAGAAGGGGCUUGAACCAACCAUCCCUUUACCAGAGGAUAUUGUCUACAGCUACCCCCAUGAUCCUGAAGGAGAUUGGAGCAAUCCAGAGACGAUGUUAACGAAGCGGAGAGACUGCUCCUCGCUAGAAAGUAGUGUGAUUUCCUCGAAGAGCGCUACAUCAGCUCGCAUGAUAUCGCAGUCGCGGACACAGGCUGCCUUGGCUGCGGCACAACAACGUCGACAAGAGUCACAGAGUCAUGCGGCUACCCUUCGACAACAGGCUUUGACAGGCAGAGGCUCUGUGAAGAAGAUUCCAGCUCUUUAUGAUCCACCUGGUUCUCUGCCGCGGCCUCUCCCGGAAGCCGGAGAUAUGGAUGAUGACGCAGCCCUUGCAUCUGGCGUACCAACUGGCGGACUUGGGGAACGCCCAAUUCGGACGCGACGUGGAGUAGCGGCUUCAUACACAGACUCCAUGCGUGGCUUGGACAAAAACUCAGCGCCACAGAUAUGCCGAACAAGUAGUGAGGGUGCUAUUCUGACAGUUGGAAAGACACGCUCCCAAUCUCGACGCCUGGAGGCCGCAGCAAUGGGACCUUCUGCUUCAAAUGAGCGAUCCACAUCCACGAACAUAGUGAGCGCUUCAACCCGAUCUCGACCUACUUCACUCCGGGUUGUACCCAAAACCGAGACGAGUGAAACCCAUAAGCCUGCUGAAGGACUCAUGCAGAAACCAAGAAAUGGGCCAACAGAAGCGAGUCAUCGCACACAGACUGAAGCUCGACCUCCGGCCAUGAGUCGAUCAGAAAGCAAGACGUCCGUGUCGUCUGGCAGUAAACCUCGGUCAUCUCUAGGAUUGAACCCCCUUUUCCAUCGUGAUGACCCGUGCGAAUCACUGCCAGGAACAUCAAUUGCCGACGCCAAUGCGGACUUCCGACACAUGUUUUCGAAUUUGGUACCACAUUCACCUGUCCGGCGACGAGCAGUGGCGAGGAGAGCACCACAUGCUUACGUUAUCAAAUGGGUCGACUAUACCAAUCGAUACGGCAUUGGCUAUGUGCUCGACGAUGGCAGUGUCGGGUGCGUGUUUAGGGCAGAAAAUGGCCAGCCAGCCAGCGGAGUCGUUGUGCGAGAUGGGGAAAAGCACAUACGUCGGAAGGCCCAUUGCCACGAAAACCAAGGAGGCUCGUUCUCCUACUCAGAGGCCGACCAACUUGUACCUCGCCAUGGAAAACCGGUAGAGUUCUACGAAAAUUGCAAUAAUGAGACUUUGGAUCUCCAUGGCGAGAUCCGACGAGCAUUUGUUUCUCCUUCAUUGUUCGAGGUUAAGGCAUCCGCUAGUGGUUCUUGCAGCGUAGGCGUCAAGGUCCGCACCAAUUCUGGCAUUGAAUGUGCGCGUGCCGAUGCCGAAAAAAUCAAACGGGUCAAGCUGGUCGACCAGUUUGGGAAGUAUAUGAUUGGAUCUCUGGGCCGACAUGGUGACGAGGCGCUUCUGGAAGAGGGACCGGGGAAGGAGCACCAUGGACAAUUUAUGAAGUUUUACCAGCGCCUGGGUAACGUAGGUGUUUGGGGGUUUGGAGAUGGCGCCCUGCAGUUCAACUUCCCCGACCACACCAAGCUCGUUAUAUCGCCGGGUCGCACCAGAAGCUCGUCCCCUUGGGUUGAUUUUUAUCACCUUUCCCCGUCGGCUGCUCGCUACUUGAGCGCUAAAGGAAAAAUGCAUCCGUCUGGAUUCGACACUCGGACGGUCACUUCCGACGAGGUGGGAACCUUCCUCAGCAUUGCGUAUGGGAGCACCAGUAGCUCUACGGAUGAGCGAGUCCGGGAGAUUCUGGAGGCCAAUUCAUUUCUCCAGAAAAUUGGAUUCAUCAAGGACGUCCUUAAAGGAUGGAUUAAGCAAGGGCGGAUUGGCGGCCGUCCGUCCCAGGACGGAUCCGCAGGGGCUGAGGGAGCCCUUAAGUCGCUUGAGAUGUUCUGGGAGGGUGCUCAGGAGCGAGCACACGGCGGCAAGUUUGUUUGGGUGACGGUUGGGGCACCCGGAGGAGACGGCGAGUACCGAUCAAUCUCGCUGAAGGACAAAAAGACGGACACCCUGUAUGACCAGGAGAUGGAGCAUUUGAGGGAGCGGUUGCGGGUGCUGGGGGCACCAUCGUAG